CUCUCAAGGCAAUAGUCUGCCCAUCAUAAAUGUAAAAAAUAACAAAAGAAAUAACACUUAAAAAUGAAUGCAAUCAGAAAUUAAAUGGGACAGAGUAGGUGACAAAGGAAUAGAAGAACCCCGAUCCUGAAUCCUGACACUGAUCAAACAGGGAUCAGUCUCAAAAUCACAGAUGUCUCCACCACAGAAAAACAUCUCCACUGUUGGUGUCACCCAACACACCCCCCAAAACCAACAUUCAAAUAGUCAAGAGUGACACUGGCCCCGGGUAAGGGGAUACCCAGCACAUUUACAUCCCUGCACCUGCCCUGCUGCCCAGAGCAGCAGCACCAAAAUCCCCCCCAGCAGCAGCAGCAGCAGCAGCAGCAGCAGCAGCAGCAGCAGCUCUCUCAAGCUCCUCUUGCCACCCCUGACACUCCACAACAGCAGCCACUGACCAGCCUCAGGCUCUGCUGCCACAGCCCCUUGGCCAGCACAGCUCUGCUCCCCAGCUCGCAGCAUGGAAGCUUGUCACUCUUCCCAGCAAUCCAAUGUCACUUCAUAUGGGGUCACAACUGUGGCCAUCAUCUCCCUGGAGGCAUUUCCUGGCAUGUGGAUAAAUGCUUUCAUCAUUUGUGUGCUUUGCAUUGCCUGGAUCAAAAAGAAAACCCUGAACUCUAAUGAGAAGAUCUUGCUGCUGCUGGGAUGCUCCAGGUUUUGCUAUUUAUGCAUCACAUGGGUAUAUAAAUUCCUUUCAUUUAUUUAUCCCAAUUACCUUUAUGUUUCCACCAUACUUGAACUAGUUAUAUUUUUUCAAACCUUUUUUGAUAAUUGCAACUUGUGGUUUUCUGCCUGUCUUUGUGUUUUUUAUUGUAUGAAAAUUGCCAAUUUCAGGAACAGGUCCUUCAUCUACCUGAAAGUAAAAAUUGACAGGAUGAUGCCGUGGCUUUUAUUUGGGUCAGGGAUUUUAGCUUCGGUUGCCGGCAUAGUUGCCUAUGACAUCGCUUCCAAACCGCACUGCAACAACAGCAGUUCCACUGGACAAGGUAAUUUUGGGACAGCAAUUAUCAAAAUGGAUAAACAUUUUUUCCCUUCUUUUUUUCUCGCUGGCUUUGAAUAUGCUGUUUCAUUCAUGGCAGUCAUCUUUUCUGCUGUUUUCCUUCUCUUUUCGCUCUGGAGACACAAGCGCAAGAUGCAGACAAACUCCAUGAACAGCCUCAGCAUGGAUGCCCACAUCAGAGCCAUGAAAUCUGUUCUCUCCUUCUUAGUGAUGUACAGCAUCAACUUUGUAUGUUUUGUCUUAAGUAUGGUUUAUGUCACAAGGAAGGGAAAUUAUAUGACAGUUCUCAUUGUAGUAUUUCAGUACACUUUUGCGGGUCUUCACUCCCUUAUUCUGGUUUUCAGCAAUCCCAAGCUGGAAAAGACACUACUAAAGAUUCUUUCCUUAGAAAGAAGUGUAUAGCUCAAGGUUUGCAUGAGUUAGAAACUAGAAUAAAAUCUGGAACGCAUUCAAAAUGAUAAUAUUUCAUUAUAGAAAACAAGUUGUUUAAUCUCUAAUGUAA